AAGUUCGCUUAGAGCGGUAAACACUCGAUAGUGAGGUUCUUUGCUCUUACUGAGACUUCGUGGAUAUCUGUCCAUUCAUCAUCAGCAAACGGCGUUUUUGUUUGUUCCCCAAAUAUACUAAUCAAUACAUAUACUUUUCUCAUCAACUUCAAAUGUCAGGUCAGUCACAACGUGGUAAGGCGAAGUCUUUGAGAGCUCGUAAUCAGCGUAUGUCGAUGCCCCCUAUUAAUCCUUUGCGUGUGUCGCAUGCGCAGAAUGCUUCAAAUGACAACUUGGGUAUAUACGCGAACCCUAGACUAACGUAUAUUCUUGGACGCCACGUUAUUGUAAGCAUAACUUAUCACAUUCAUGUGUAGGGAAAUGUGGGGGAAAUCACUACUAUUGAAGGCGAUCAUGUUCGCGGUGUGAUAAAGGCUGUCUCUCCUUUCGUAAGUGCUAAUUUUAAUAUAUUGGCAGGCUGAUCUCGGUAUAACAUACGCUCAAGUUGCACAAAAGAGUGACAAAGGUAACCGUAAAAACGUGGCUGACAGAACCAUUCUCUGGACAGAAAUUAAAAUGGUUCAGAUAUCCAACGUUAAGAGAUUAGACUGCCUAGUCGAUGAUAUAAAAACGGAUGGUGAGAUCGCUAAAGACUGUUCUACUAAUAACGUAGUGGAAGACAAGGAGCUGGUACCAUUUUUUGCAUCGUCUGAUGUUGUUAAAGACUGUUUACUUGAUCAGGGAAGCUUCUCUGCGAUGGAAAUGUUUGAGACGAAUGAAAAAAUGUUUUCUGUCGUUUCCACCUACAAUGACGAUCUUCGAGAGUAUACGACACCUGUUGACAGGUCUGCUCCAAAUUUCUCUGAAACCGAGGCGCGAUGUGCAAAACUGGCGCAAGACAUCACAGAAAACUCUUCAUGUAUUAGUCUUAUAGACAAUGAAGAUAUUGGGAUGGAAAAUGAGGAGGAAAAGUAUAGUGCUGUUAGACGCAAUGGGACAGUCCAAAAUUCAGUGCGGAACACAAAAAGCAAUUCUCGACCAAGUCUGGCUCAGGCAGAAACUCCAGUCAAUUGCCUUGGCAAUCAGCUGUCCCAGGUAUGUAUUCAGUCAAGUAAGCCCAAUCACACCGAAGCUGUUCGUGUCAGCAUAUCUGUUGGGGAUGCACUAAAGUCAGACGUUGGUCCACAAGUUAAUGGAGUAUCUAGAAUCAGCACUCAAGUCGAUAAAGUCAAACUGUGCCACGAUCAACCUACUAAAGUGUCUACAGCUGCUUGCGUGUGCACGUCAGCACCUGUUGUAAAAACUAAUGCUAUGGAUGUACCUGUGUCGUCUGUUAGUAAGCCAAGCAGUACUGAAGAGCGUGUCAAAAAAUCAACACUUGACCCCAACGCUCCUGAGUUCCAGCCUAUGGGUUUGUCUUACACUUCCCAUUCUGUUGCUUCUAUGCCUCCUAAUAUUCAACCCAGUUUACCUAGUCUAAACAUGACUAUCCCACAUUACGUAUCGACUGUAAACGUUAUCUCUCAAGCUUCUCAAUUGCCCGCACAAGCCACUUUUAUUGCUGCAGGUCAGCAUAUGUAUGCACCUUACUCCUAUGGUCACCAGACACAUAUUCAGCAACUCCUACCUACUCCAGUUUGUUCCAGUGGACCUGGCACAACUGCUCAGCACGUCCGAGGCAGUGCCUUGCCCCCGUCUGUCAAUCAGCAAAGCUAUGUCACUCACGGUAGUAAUAUGAUGCAUCAGUUAGGACAGAACGUUACAUUGGGGCAGACUAUUACUGCUCCUCAGGUGAUUACAGGUCAUAACUCUACUGGUCGCCUUCCAGUUUGUCCUUCGUCUUCCGUGAACUUCACACGCCAACGUUCAAACGAUUCCCCUUCUUCGGUAACUCACGGCACAUCCUAUGCCGUCCAACAGUCAACUAUGUCUAUUCCCACCUUCCAGUCGCAAACAGUAUACCAGUUACCAAACGGCACGUUCCCUUUCUUAGUUUCCAGUCAUCCUCCUGUAGGACUGCAGUUCCUUCCUGGUCCACCUAAUGCUGUUAGUUCUGGUUUGAUGUUGAGUGGUGUUCACGUAUCACAACCAAAUCAGCAAAUAUGUCCAACUCAUACCAUCAUGCAGAUGCAACCUGCACAUCUACAAAUCCCUGUUGGACAACCAGAUCAAAUCACCCAAACAACUACACCUCAACAAACCUCCCAAUCUCAACAAAUAUUCUCUCAACACUUUCAAGAUCAAUCCCACUCCAUCCAAAUCCCUUCAUAUGCAAAUCUCCAAUCUCCAUAUCACCACAAUCUAAUGUUUGCUCCUCAACAGAAUUCUCCUGGGUUUUACCCAGGGGCAUCUGCGAUGAUAGCGACACCAGGAGUUAAUCACAUUGCUUCUGGUUUAUCACCCAUUGUUGGCCAACCGAAUCCUCAUCCACUAGGUGCCAGCGUGGCAAAUCAGUCAAAUCAAUCCGACUCCUCAACCACCUCUCAGCAAUUACAGCAGACUCAUAUUAUGUCUCAACCGAAUUGCCAGCCACAACAAUUGUUACAGCAUUACCCAGCAAUCCCUCAGCCUCAUCUGCUACAAGCACAGCAACUGUCCGCAGCUCAACAUAUAGGCGGUCACCAUCUUCCUAGCAACCACACAUACCAUGCGCUGAUGGCAGCAAUGGCGGCUGGUGGUGGGGUGGGAGCUACUCAAGCUCAUUAGUUGCUGUCGUUAAGUGACAAGUAAUAUAUUCGAAGACCAAUCCCAGCUUUUUGUAAACUACCCGAUGCCUUUCAUUUUGACACUAAAAUCUUAAAGUGUCUCUUGUAGUACUUCGUCGAAUUGAUCUCCAAAACCAGGCAGGUGUAUACUCGAAUCAUCGUGCUUUCUCCUGUCCCUACUGAUUGACUGAAGAGUGUUGACAAUGAAUCCUAAACAAUUGUAGAUGAUUCUGCUCAAAUUGUAAAGAUCGCUUGUAUGCAACGUUUAGUUAAAUAUAUUGUCGUUAAGCAAGCAGUCUUUAUUUUAUUACUAGGUUCGUAGUGUAUUUUAUUUUACCUGUAACUGUAAACUGCAUUUAAACCCUAGCUUUAAUCCAGAAACAGUUCAGCGCGUCACUUGGAUCUGUUAGUGAUAUAAACCUUUCGACUACUAGAGGUUAGUAGCGUCUCUCAGUAUACAGCAGCAUCAACACCAACCGAUGGCCAUGACUUUUGGUUUUAGUACUCAGUUGGUAAGUUAUGGACUCAAUCGUGUCCGUCAUAUACCGGCACCAGCAGGUUGUACGUGUGCCAACGCGUUCUCCAACAUAAUUUAUGCCGCACAGGCUUACAGUAAUACUGUGCACGGAAAUAGCGGCAGUAUGCGAUAUGGCUCCGUCCUACCGCGGGGUCUUAUCUCAGUCACACGUAUUUCGAUACAUCUGGACAGACUAAAUCUUGUGUGUGACCAGGCUCCGUGGUAAGGCUUCCGGAAAAUUCGGACAGGCAAGUUGAGGGGUCACUAGAAAGCUACAUGUGGCAGCUGUGUGGUGGUCGUUUCGAUUUGGCGACUCUGAUAUUGCAGUCGUAGUGGCGAGUAAAUAGUCUCGCUUCACCUCGUUAUCUUGCGUGUUGUUUUUUUGCGCAUAUUUCCCACGAGUUCAUUCCAUGCUUGUACUUAGAUUUGCAUGUUCAGUAUCAAUGGUUAGUGUUGGUCUUAACGACCUGAGAGCGUGACCGCAGUGUCCAAGGGACAACUGCUUGAGG